AUGGCGAGACAGAAGCCUGCAGCCGGGCCGAAGCAUCGAAAGGCUAGCACGCCGGCCAGCCAGAUAGACGACGGCUACGACCCGACGGCGGUGACGCCGGCCGACUUUGACGGCUUCCUCGACCCGCUCCUCGACGGCUCCGCCAUCUUCGACGAGCUUUUCUUCUGGGUCGACAGCACGGACACGUCGCGGAACCGCAUCAACGGCGACGAUGCGCCGAUGGCGUCGCUGCACCACAUCUCGGGCAACCUGGCGCUGGCGGGCGCGUACCCGCACGGGCUGGACAGGCUGAGCACGGCGAUGCCGGACUUCCUGAGCAGCGCCAGCAGCACGGAUCAGCCGACGGAGGCGGACCAAGGGGGAGCGGGCGGGGGAGGGAAGAACCGCUGCUGGGACCACGGAUGCAACGGACGCGAGUUCUCGUCCAAGAGCAACUUCGUGCGACACGUCAAGGAGCGGGCGGGCACGAGCGCAAAGGGGGUGUGCCCGCUGUGCGGGGCGGUCUUCACGCGCAACUCGGCCAGAGACACCCACCUGGCCAAGCAGAGCUGCAACAGGAUCCGCCGCUAUUCCAAUGGGCGCCCGCGCCCCAGCCGUCUCGCCGUCUUGGGCAACCCCCGCGUCACCGCUGCAGCGGUGGCUGCGACGGACGACGUCCAUUGGCAGGCCGUCGACUGGGGCUCGGGAUACGUGGAUGGCACCAGCGCCACCAUGCCGCCGCCCCCAACCUGA